AUGCCUUCUGACCCGGAUUCCAUUGAGAUGCGAAUUAGUAACAACGAGAAUGGAGGCUCUACGAGUCAGCUCGUUUCUGCCUCUAAACCAACGUCCUUCUACAUCGCACACGCGGUGAAACGCAAGAAUCGGCACAAGUUCCAGUUCCGCCCAACUGUGGUUUUACAGCUACAAAUCAUUUCACCGGCGGGGCGUCCGGUUCUAGCUUUCACGCUCUGGCACCCGGGUCUCUUCAGUUUGAGAUCGGUCAAGAAGGCCUUUUCGCGAUUGAGACUGCGAACCACCGAUAUAUACGCGUCCCUGUUCGAAGAGAGCGACGAAUGUCUAAACGAGGAGCAUAUCGAAGAGAAUGGGUCCGUUGCAGCCCUCCAGCAAGAAUCUGCAAACGGGAAAAUCUCGUACAUCUGA